UCCGCCGUCCCGGCCCCGCCCCGCCCCUCUGCGUGCCGCCGACUGCAGGUCUGGGCGAGCGGGAGAGCGGGUUCUCAUUUAACAUGGAAGAUGAGUUCUUUGGAGAAAAAAGCUUCCAACACUAUUGUGCAGAAUUCAUCAGACACUCACAACAGAUAGGCGAUGGUUGGGAAUGGAGAACAGCCAAGGAAUGUUCUGAUGGCUACAUGUGCAAAACACAGUUUCAAAUAAAAAAUGGGACUACAACAUCACAUCUGGGAACACCUGCCAAUGUACAAACGUGUCUUCCAACAGAGGAGAAUUUAGAGCUCCCGGUGGAUGAUUCUGAAGUGACGGAGUCCACAGCAGCAUCCGAAGCGAUUAAAUACGAGUAUCAUGUCUUAUAUUCCUGCAGCUACCAAGUGCCCGUUCUUUACUUUAGGGCAAGCUUUUUAGAUGGGAGACCUUUAGCCCUGAAGGAUAUAUGGGAAGGAGUCCACGAAUGCUAUAAGACGCGACUGCUGCAGGGACCGUGGGACACCAUCACCCAGCAGGAGCAUCCAGUACUUGGGCAACCAUUCUUUGUUCUACAUCCCUGCAAGACAAAUGAAUUCAUGACUGCAGUGCUGAGAAGUUCACAGAAAAUCAAUAGAAACUGCAGCAUGGAGAACACCAAGAAUAUACCUGGGAAGCCUCGGUGUUUAUGGAAAUGGGACUGCGGUACCUCAUGUCACCAAGAUUUGAUGCAAAUUUCUUUCCUUGAGAAGAAAAUGUCUGCAGACCUGUUUGGAACAGUCGUUAUGUGGAAGGAACACAUCACAGAUUCAGAUCACUGUAAAGAGCAAAAAUGAAUCUAAUUCAGUGACAUUGUAGUUCUGACAUCAUCAGGGCUCACACAGGUUGUUUUCCUCUAGACACGGUUCUUCUUCUGUUGUGGAGAUUGAUGGAGAAAUAUGUUUGUGUGUUAAGUUUCAUAUAAGAUGUAUGAAAAUUAAAAUGUAGAACUUACUUGUUUCAGAAAAUUAAUGUCAUAAAAAUAAGCCGGGCGGUGGUGGCGCACGCCUUUAAUCCCAGCACUCGGGAGGCAGAGCCAGGCGGAUCUCUGUGAGUUCGAGGCCAGCCUGGUCUCCAAAGCGAGUUCCAGGAAAGGCGGAAAGCUACACAGAGAAACCCUGUCUCGAAAAACCAAAAAAAAAAAAAAAAAAAAAAAAGACUUAUCUUUGGAACUAGAAAAUAUCAUCCUGAGUGAGGUAACCCAAACCCAGAAGGACAAACAUGGUAUGUACUCACUCAUAAGUGGAUACUAGAUAUAAAGCAAAGAACAAUCAGACUGCAACCUACAGAACCAGGGAGGCUACCUAGAAGGGGGGACCCUAGGAUGACUGUGGCUUAUAAUAAGUUUUGUUUUUACUCAAUUAUUGGGCAAGCCUCAAUGAAAUAUUUCACUAUUAGGAUAAGAAUUUAUACUGUAUCAAGCUGAUAAUAGAAAAAUAAAUAAAUAAAAAUGGGGAAAAAAUAAAUUAAAAAAAUGACUCAUCUUAAAUUAUUCUCCCACAGUCAAAUUCAGGAGCAAUGGAUUAUUUCUCUGUCACUCCCUCAAACUGUGUCUGUGUGUGUACAUUAAAAAAAAGAUACAAAAUAAAGAAUGUUCAAGCCAG